CACGCCUCCUGUCAACGUCACUAGGAAAACAUGGCAGUUUUCUUGAGCCGGUUACACCACGUUUCUCUCCACGUUUCUAACGCGGAAAAAAUAGCUAAAGACCUCGUUUCGAAGUUCAAGUUUAAUUUGUUUGCCAGCAGAGUGACUGACAGGUCCAGGCAGCUGGCUUUCAAGAAGGGGGCGGCGGUGUGCGUCGUAAAUGAGAGACCACUACAUAGCAGGAACGGAAUGAAUGAAGGGAUUCUGGAUAUAACGGACAAAUAUUGCAUUGAUCCACACGUGGGGAAAUACAGACACGCCAACUCUGCAGCUUGUCUUUACGAUGUCAGUCCACAUUACCCCGUGGACACCGUCAACAACGUGUGUUUUGAGGUGGAGAAUGUGGAAAGGUCAUUCAAGGUUCUUCGCAGCCUUGGCUGCAAUUUCUUGGUGCCUCCCACAACAGUUGAGGACGAUGAUGGUCUUGUCACCUACUCCGUGAUGAAGUCCAUUGUGGGAAACGUUUGCCACACGCUGAUUGACAAGACUAAAUAUAAAGGAGCCUUUUUACCUGAGUUUGAGGUCAGCGAAAAGAGCUUGGAAGGAGAAGACGCGUCUUGUCCAGUUACACAUUUUGAUCACAUAACUUAUGCGUGUCCCAGGAAAACAACCCAGGAAGUCAUGAGGUGGUAUGAGAAGCUCUUUGGUUUCCAGAGGUUUUUCAUUGAUAGGAAUGAAGAUGUGGAUGAGGGCUUUGUUGUAAACGAGGAUGGGAUUGGACUGCGACUUACGGCCAUGGAGUACUGGAAAUGCAGCAAGGCUGGCAUCACUCUUCCUUCUGUGGACAAAAAAGAGCCCGACUGCAAGUUUGUCAUUGCUGAAUCCCUCCCCGAACAAGGCAGGAACCAGGUCGACACCUUCUUGGAGGAGCACAGAGCGCCAGGGAUCCAGCACAUUGGACUGUACACUAGUAACAUAGUCUCAACUGCACAUGUCAUGGCUGAAGCUGGUGUGCAGUUUUUCUGCCCUCCUCCCGCCUACUACACUGAGGUGGGAAGACGGCAGGAAAUAGAGGAAGCGGGACACAACCCUGAGGAACUGGCGCAGCAUGGUAUUCUCCUGGACACAGACAUGCACCAGGUCCCACUAUCAGAGAGAGCAUCCAGGGAAAACAGGAGGUACCUCCUCCAGGUGUUCACCAAGCCGUUAUUUGCCGAGGACACCUUCUUCCUGGAGCUGAUAGAGCGAAGAGGCGCGACGGGUUUCGGCGAGGGGAACAUCCGGGCGCUGUGGAGGUCGGUGCAGGCGUACAUGGAGAACGACAGCGGCCGUUCGCGAAGAGAGGGAACCACAAAGACUGCUGGUUAUUAGUCGUUUUAGUUUAAGAGGAAACAUGUCAAAUGUUUUGUAUUUAUAUCGUUAAACGGAAACAUCACAUAAUGUUAAUAGAAAAUUCCACUUUCUGCAGAAGUAAAAUGAAUGUCUUUGUACUGUAUCAACACUAACCGAAUGUCUCCAGAGCAGAUGUUGCUCAAUAAAUCUGUUACUCGCAGUGGACUUUAAAAAUG